CAGCCUUCACUCUUCAGGUAGAAAGAGAACUUGGCAGUGCUGCUUCGGGGUUUGCCUUUUCCUUUUGGCCUGUCAACAACACCGGCUUCUCUCAAGUGGUCCCCUAGUUUGUCUUGGGGUGGAAGCUGAGACAACACAGAUAGGAAGGACCCCAGUCUUCCUUCAGGAGUUCCCAUCUGGAGGAGUCAGAGGUAGAAAAGAAAGUCAUUGUUAAAUCCUAAACGUAGUAGUCAUUUGACAGGGAGUGAGUAACCGUUAACCAAGGGUCAGAGGAUAAUCAGAGACCUCAGUCGAGAGCUCUGCCCUGAGUAAACGUGAUGAGUUACAAGACAGAUAGCAAGCUCGCUGUGUAUUCCAAAGCUUAUAGCUUGCUAGAAAGAGAGUUCAAGGAAUUACAAAACAGCAGAAGCAAGGGCAUUAAUGCUUAUCCUGUAAGUAGUGACCUGAUGAGUUGGAAAGCUGAGAUUGAAGGACUUAAGUAUUCAGUUUGCGAAGGGCUUGUUUUCCACCUGACGAUAGAUUUUUCACAAGACUACAACCUUGUUCCUCCAGUUGUGAAAUUUGUAACAAUUCCUUUUCAUCCAAAUGUACACCCGUAUACCGGUCAACCCAGUCUAGGCAUUUUGGACAAGCCAGACAUGUGGGACCCUAGUUAUACAAUACUCAGGAUCUUAUUUGAUCUACAGAUGUUGCUUUCUUACCCUAGCGUAAAAAAUCCAUCGAACUUGGAAGCAGCUGAGCUGCUGGUUAAAGAUGAGUCUAUGUACAGAACAGUAAUCCGGGAACUUUUGCAGUCAGAACCACCAAAAUCAGAGGGCAGCCUGGUGUUGGCUGAAAAGCCACAGGAACACAUCAGAAUAAUUAAAACCAUCUCAUUUAAUGAUUACUACAAGACAUGGUCCCAGAUAGCCACGACAAAAGUCGCAGAACACUCCAAAAACCAAUUUGUUGGAGAUCCACAUUUCAUGGAGCAGUACUACAAAUGGAAGGAGCAGGAUCGGCAGUAUCAAAGGCAAUGGGAGUCAAAGUUUGUGCUCUCAAAGUGGCAGAAUCUUAGAAAGAAAAUGGCUCAGGAGAGCAGCGAGCCCUCCGACAGAGAGGAGGUUCUCUACCCAUCUCCAACUGAACUUUCUUCUGAACCUAAUGUAGAAGAUGAGUCAGGGUUUUAUAAAGUACCUCAGGAGUGGUCAGAGGAAAGCUAUUCGGAAGAACAUGACUCAGAAGAAUCCUGGGAAGAGGAAGUGGACAACCUGGUUGCCUGGACCGAUGGUCUUGAUGAAGAAUCUUUGAACUAUGAGAACUAUGAAAACUAUGAGAACAUUGACAACUAACACACAAGGACUUCGCAUGCUGCCCAGUUACAGUGCAACCUCAUGGAGCAGUUUUGGGGGAGGCUCAGAACCUAUCUUCUGCUCUCUACCCCAGUUGAUCUCAUCUUUCUGGAAA